AUGCUCUUCCGAAUCAUUUUCCUGCUCUCGGCGCUUUUCCUCGUUUCGUUUGCUCUCGUUUCCGACAUUUCCCACCGCUUUUUACACAAUGAUAACAAGGAAUACAAGCAACUUGAGCCGAUUUACACGGCGUAUGGCCUCGAAAAUGCUGGCCAGUUUUUGCCGCUUUAUGAAAUGACGAACUCGCAUCUUUUGAAGCUAAAUGAUUUGUUGAGAAAACGACACGAAAAUCGAACUUGA